ACCUUUCUUGCUAUUUCCAUUGCUUCGUUGAUGUAAUCAACAAUUCUACUAGCCGGCAGCCCUCUUCGUUCAUGGUGGAUGAAGAAAAAGAACAACAACGAGAAGCAGAAAUGGAGAAGCUACCGGUGGUUUUACAACUUCGUCCCGUCCCUGCAAUCGCUUCUGUUGAAGAUCGAAUCUUGAAGAAGUUCAGAUUUCUAAAGGCUUGGGAGUCUUCGAUGCCAAUGGACCUCUUCUUGACCACAUAUGCGCAGUCGGUGAGAGCCCUUCUCUGCUUUAGCAGAACUCCAACCGCCGACGCCCUUCGAUACCUUCCUUCUCUCCAAUGCAUCGUCACUACCAGUGCCGGUCUCAACAACAUCGAUUUGGCUGAGUGCCGGCGGAGGGGUAUUGCCGUAGCUAAUGCUGGCGACACUUACUCUGAGGACGUUGCUGAUUACACAAUCGGUCUCUUUCUAGAUGUCCUCAGACGUAUCUCUGCUUCCGACCGGUAUGUCCGCCAGAGUCUUUGGCCUACCAAGGGCGAGUAUCCUCUAGGCUCCAGGUUAAGAGGUAAACGAGUGGGGAUUGUUGGCCUAGGACAUAUAGGUUCUGAAGUUGCAAAAAGGCUUGUGGCCUUUGGGUGCAGUAUCUCUUACAAUUCAAGGAAGAAGAAGUCAUCUGUUGCAUUUCCAUACUAUUCUGAUGUCUGUGACCUUGCAGCUAAUAGUGAUGUUCUCAUCCUUAGUUGUGGAUUGACCAAGGAAACACACCACAUCAUUAACAGGGAUGUGCUGUUGGCAUUGGGAGAGGAAGGGGUUAUCAUUAACGUUGGACGGGGUGCUGUUAUUGAUGAGAAGGAAUUGAUUAAGUGUUUGAUGCAAGGAGAAAUUGGAGGUGCUGGUCUGGAUGUGUUUGAGAAUGAGCCGGAUGUGCCCAAAGAGCUUCGUGUGUUAGAUAAUGUUGUAUUAUCUCCACAUAAAGCCGUCUUUACAUCAGAGUCCGAUACAUCAUUGCAUGAUUUGGUGAUAGCCAAUUUGGAGGCAUUCUUCUCUAAUAAACCAUUGCUUUCUGAGGUGAAGGAUGAAUGAGAAGAUCAUCUAUUCUAUCAAAGAAAACAACAUGAUAUGUUCUUGAUCACCAUGGGAAACAGAUAGCAA